GUCUAUUCGAAAUAGAUAGAUUUAUCAAAGUUCAAUGAUCAAUGAAGAAACUAUCGACCUCGAGCUGGUAAUGGUUUUGAACUACGCGAAAUACUCGAUUAAUAAGAUCAAAAGUUAAAACGGAGUGUCAUUGGAACUGCUGACGUUUUGUCGGCCUGUGUAUAAAGUCGAUACUAUUCAAUCUGUGCUACCGGCGUGUCCUAACCUCAAUUCAUCCUCCAAAACAAACCGAGUGUUGGCUAUAUCAUUUGUGUUAAAUAAUAGUAAAAUUCAAUAAAAUGACCAAGGACGAGGUGAAAGAAAAAUUUGCCUCCCACGAGGUCGAAAAUGAGAGGCGUUCUGUCAGUGAUGCUAGUUCGGAACCAGUGAAACAUAGAGAUAAAAAGGAUAAACAGAAUAAGCCAAUGACAAAAGUUGUUAUAAGGAAACUUCCACCAUCGAUGACAGAAGAAGAAUUUAAAGAACAGAUAUCACCCAUUGCAGAAAAUGAUUAUUUCUCUUACGAAAAACCUGAUAAAACUUUGGGUCACACAUAUCAGUUUUGUAGGGCGUACAUCAAUUUCAUCAAUCCACAAGAUGUUUUUGACUUCAAAGAUAAGUUUGACGAUUAUGUAUUUGUGGAUUCAAGAGGCGUCGAGUAUCCUGCAGUUGUAGAAUUUGCUCCAAGUCAAAAAAUACCAAAGUACCGUGUAUUGCAAAAAAAUAAAGAUGUUGUUUCACAGAUAGGUACAAUAGAGCUAGAUCUGGAUUAUAUAAAUUAUGUGGAGAACUUGCAAAGUCAAAAUAUUCAAAAUGAAAAACCUGCAAAAAAAGCAGAAUACUCGUAUCAAGUUCCUAGUGUGGAGUCCAAAAAUAAAAUCAUCACUCCUCUUGUGGGAUAUGUUAGGCAAAUGAAUCUUGAAAAACAAAUGAAAAAAGAAGACAAAAAAAGACGAGAUAUUGAACGCAAAAAAGUUGAUCUAGAACGUAAAAAGGAAACAGAAAAAAUGCACUCUACAGACACAAAUAAUUAUCGUACAAUAUUAGUUCAAGAUUCAUUAGCCCAAAAUUCUUUGCAAAAGGAUGAAACGAAAAAGAAUACAGAAUCUAAACAUGAAAAGGAAAAAACUUAUCAAAAAGACACCAAAGGUAAAUCGAAAAAAGAAGAUAGGCCAAAUAAAAGUAACAAAGACAAAGAUGUUAAAAACACGUCAAAACAACAAAAAAUUCGAGAGGACAGAGCAAAAAAAACUGAGGUACCCAAAGAACAAAAUGAACCUACUGAACGGAAAACAGAAGAAAAACGUGGUAAAAGCUACUUGAGAAUGAGGCAAGAAAAAAUGAAGUUGGCUGAAAAAAAGAACGCAAAUGAAUCUACUUCAAAAGCUGCGGAAAAAAUUACGGCGGAUGAAAAGAAAACAACUGAUGUGGAAAGCUCGAGUAUUUCAAGUGAGGAGCAGACAAAAAAAAUUCUGAAGCGACCAAAUGUUCAGGAUAAAAAUUUGGAAACAACAGAUGAUUCUGCCUGCAAUAAAAUAAAACAAUCUAUGAGCGAUAGUGAUAAAGACGAAAAAGCAAUAGAAAAUGCUAGUCAUAGAAUAUCUAAGAGGCGUAGUUCACUGGAAAGUGGUGGAGAUUCAUGUUCGAGCCUUAAAUCUAGUAGUAGUGGCAAUGCAAAAGAUAAUAACUCAGAAGAUAGGUUGAGAAGGCACAAAUCACUGGACGGUUCUAACAAAGGAAAUUUACAAAAAACAGAAGUCGAAGGGGAUGGAGAUAAAGAGAAGAAAGAUCCGCGUUUAGAACGACGAAUUCGCAAUAAAGAUCGUCCAGCUAUGGAAAUAUAUCGUCCCGGCAUGGGUAAAUUUAGCAAACAGCGCAUAGAGCGGGAAAAAGGUGAAGAACGAGUGACGCCGUCACAGAGUCCAACUCCCACGUCGUCGAGCUCCUCUAGCGGCUUCAAAUCGAAUAGAUCUAACAGCGUCGAAGUUCGCUCGAUGACUUUCAAAAGGAGUGUACAUCGAGAGUGAAUUAGUAAGUUAAAGUUAAUUAAUAUCGACAUUAAGAAAAUGUUGUUAGAAAGUAAGAAAGUUUUUAUAAGCUUUAUCAAACUGUAAUUCGAUUUUAUACGGUACAUAAACGAUGUCAAUAACGCCUAGAUAUAAUUAUAAUUGGAAAAGUUACGAUGUAAAUGUGAUGAAUAAAUUUAAAAAUGCACGACUA